UUAUUGAACUAAGGGGGUUUGUACUGAAUACUGAUACAGGACAAUAAUAAUAAAUUAAUAUUUGAAAUUACAGAUAUUUGGUAAUAUUUGCUGGAUCUCCUUCUAUUUAUUGCAGCAUUUAGCAUCCUAUUUAUGUCCAUGAGCCUUGUGGCUUUAGCAUCUCUCUCUCUCUCCCCGCUUACCAAGAUUUCUAUAUAAAAGAAAGAGAAGGGGAUGAUAAAAGAGUCUAUAUAUAAAAUUGAAUCCUGAUAUAUAUCACACUCAUAGAUAGAUAUCAGUGUUGAGAGAGAUGGGCAAAGGAAGAGCACCCUGCUGUGAUAAGAGUAAAGUAAAGAAGGGUCCAUGGAGUCCUGCAGAGGACUUGAGGCUCGUCACUUUCAUUCAGAAGCAUGGACAUGAAAACUGGAGAGCUCUUCCUAAACAAGCAGGGUUGUUAAGAUGCGGGAAAAGUUGUCGUUUGAGAUGGAUUAAUUACCUAAGACCUGACGUAAAGAGAGGGAACUUCACCAAAGAAGAAGAGGACACCAUAAUAAAAAUGCACCAAACUUUGGGGAACAAGUGGUCUAAAAUUGCAUCCCAUUUGCCGGGUAGAACCGAUAAUGAGAUCAAGAAUGUCUGGAACACUCAUUUGAAGAAAAGGUUGCCAUUCAAUAAAGAACCUGCAGAUUCUAACGGGGACGAAUCAAAGGAAUCAUCUUCUACCUCCUCGUCCUCUUCAUAUUCUUCUUCCAGCACAAUCAUUUCAAGUGGGAAAAGAAAUAUGGCAAUUAUAGAACUUGAUCAUCAAUGGAAGCAUAGCUCUAUGACCAAGAGGCCUCGUGUCUUGGACGAUUUACAGGAACUUAGACCGAUUAAUAAGGAAGCCAAAGAAUUGUCAAGUUCCUCUUCUUCUUCCCAUAAUUCCAAUGUCACAAUCAAUAGUAGUCAAGUUGAUGUUUCUAAGCCAGAUGAUGAUCAAAUGGGUUCGCUUUUCAACUUUUCAGGACCUAAUUAUGAUGUUCCAUUAAAGGAGGUGAACAAACCAGAGAUCCAAGAUAUUGCAGCAGUUGAGAUACCUUUCGAGUCAGAUCUGGAUUUUUGGAACAUGUUAGAUGGCUUAAAUUCCCUGCAAACUAAUGAAGAAGUCCAAUUACGUAAUGUUGAGACUGGCCACAGCUCAAGUCUUGGAGUUGAAUACGUUAAUGGACAAGCUGAAAAUAGGAAGUGGCUACAAUACUUGGAAAAUGAACUUGGCCUGGAGACAACCAGGGAUGGAAACCAUCAAAAUUUAUCAGAUGAUGCAGCUGAACCAUUGUUAGAACCUGAAAAUGAGAUACCCAUAGAGCCUGAAGUGAAUUCAUGGAUGGGAUUUCAUCAUUUGUGGCCUUCUUUGUGAAGCAAUUUCCGUAUGAAAAGUUAAAAACCACUAGUCUGUAGAAAACGCAUAGCAAGUAAUUAGUUGACUUAAUUUGUCAGGUACACUUAAUCCUAACCUUACAAUUAAACAUAUCAAUGUAACUUUUUCCUUGGAGAUUGAGAGAGUAGAGACUGAAUUUGGUUCUAUUAAGUGAUUAAUAUAUCUUUAACUAUUGAAUCAAGUCAGUUUAUAUCAAUUUUUAUGUAUAUACAUUUUUCCAUUUAAAAUGUAUCAUCUUUAUAAUAAUAAUAAAAAUAUAAUUACCCUUUGUUAUA